AAUGUGAAAUUUCACACUGACAAACACAAAAGGUGGUUUCCAUUUCUAUUCUCUAUCACUGGGAAGCAGAGACUCAACCGCAGGCUCAGUUCCAGAAACUUGACAGCAGUAAGAAGUGGUUUGGGUCCCUCUGAAAGCCACUGUAUCAAUCUGUCUGGAAUUUGCAGGAGAGACAUCUGCAAAGUAAUAGAGGAUGAAGUUUCUGGCUGCCGAAGAAGGUGGAAAUGCUGCAGAGCAUGGUGGGUCCUCAUACCAGUUCCCACACCACAAAUCUAUUCAGAUUAUAUGGAACCCAGGAAGCGCAGAAUAAAAUAA